CCCGAGCACAGAGCUGCGGGGCUGGGCCGUGGGGCCAGGCGGGGGCUGGGGGGGUGGCGGCGGCGCCAGGGCUCCACACCCCGACGGUCGCAGAGAAGCUGGCAUAACUACUUCAGGCCUCCAGGAUGGCAAUCCAUUUCCGUUCACUCUUUCCCUUGGCAUUGCCUGGAAUGUUGGCGCUCCUCGGCUGGUGGUGGUUUUUCUCUCGUAAAAAAGAGCAGGUCAGCAGCAAUGAUAAAAAGGUGGACGCUGGUAGUGUGGUGCUGAGGGCCAGCCCUGACAUCAAGAAAUCGCUCCCCAUACAAGAAGCCUGUCCUGGAAUUGCGUCCACACCCUGCAGUGUCACACAGCCAUUAGAAAAGGAACAGUCCACUGCAAGCAAGCCUUCUGUGGAGCCCCCAGCCUCGCUGCGCACACACCCAACCUGUCGCAGAUCAGAGUCCUCAGGCUGCCUCCCUAACCCCACAGACACAAGAUCUCAACCAGGAACACACAAAGAUGACACUGCAAAGGUGGAACUCGCCCUGAUGGGUGACAAAACCAGAUCUGUUCCUCUUGAGUGUCCCCUCCCAUCUCCCAAGGAUGUGGUGUUCCCCCACGAAGCCAUAGAGGUGUGUAAGCAAGAGGUGGUGUUCAGUAAGGCACCAGGGAGGGGCUGGCCCAGCCAGUCUGUGUGUGCUGCAGAGAAGCAUAGCCCUGGGGAGAAGGCAAGAGAGACGCGUGGAGCCGAGGGGACCGGUGAUGCAAUGUUGGGGGAAAACGUGCUUGAAGAAGGCUUGUUGUCCCAGGAGUGUGUCUCAGAAUUGGAGAAUAGCAAGGCCCUCAGCCUGGCCCCCUYGGGAGGCGGAGGAGAGAAGGGGAGCGGUGGCCCCUUCUCCCCUCUGAGAGAAGAGUCUGCAGUUGGAAAAUUGUUAAGUAGCUCUGGCAAGUUGGCUCACGCAGAGCUGACAAAGGAUGAGGAGAUGCAGGCAUCUGAGGUCCAAGAUGACAGUACCUGGGACAGAGACAUGGCUGCAGAACUAGGCAAAAAGGAGAGCUUGGAUAAGAAUGAGAGGAUUGAGCAGGCUGCCUUCCAGAUAAUCUCCCAGGUGAUCUUGGAAGCAACCGAAGAGGUGCAGGCCGGCUCGGGGGACAAGAUGGCAGAUCAGUUAUAUCAGGCCUCAGGCAGUCCGACCGUAGGGCAGGCGGAGAGCAGUGCCCCAGCCAGCCAGAAAACUGUCCUGGGGCAAGACACUGCACAGGCUGCUCCAGCCGUGGUGGGGGCAGCCGCUGGUGCAGUGGAUUCUGCCCUUCCCUUGCCAGGCCCACCAGCAGAGAACCUGCCUUCACCAAAGACCUAUGUGAGCUGCCUGAGCAGCCCACUUUCCAGCCCCACCGAGGACAGUAAGCCAAAGAACUCCACACACCACAACUCCCUGGCUCCCUGCCCACCUCCAGCGAGCCCCCUCAGAGAGUCMGUGGACGAGGCAAGCAUCCUGGCGGAAGAUGCCACCUGUGCYACCUGUGUGUCAGMCAGCCAGAGUGUUCCUUCCGCGGCCUCCUCYGGRCAGUGCUCGGAUUCYGUCAGCACUUCAGGGCUCGAAGACUCUUGCACAGAGACCAACUCAAGCCCCAGGGACAAGGCCAUCACCCCGCCGCUGCCGGACAGUACUGUGCCCUUCAGUAAUGGGGUGCUGAAAGGGGAGUUGUCAGACUUGGGGACUGAGGACGGAUGGACCGCGGAUGCAGAAGCAGAUCACUCGGGAGGUUCCGACGGGAACAGCAUGGAUUCUGUGGAUAGCUGUUGUGGACUCAAGAAGACCGACAGUUUCCAGAAUGCMCAGGCAGGCUCCAACCCUAAAAAGGUUGACCUCAUCAUCUGGGAGAUUGAAGUGCCAAAGCACUUAGUUGGUCGGCUAAUCGGCAAGCAGGGGCGGUAUGUGAGUUUCCUGAAGCAAACAUCUGGUGCCAAGAUCUACAUCUCAACCCUGCCUUACACCCAGAACAUCCAGAUCUGCCACAUAGAAGGCUCUCAGCAUCAUGUAGACAAAGCUCUGAACCUGAUUGGAAAGAAGUUCAAGGAACUGAACCUCACCAAUAUUUACGCUCCUCCGCUGCCUUCACUGGCACUGCCUUCUCUACCAAUGACGUCCUGGCUCAUGCUGCCUGAUGGCAUCACUGUGGAGGUAAUCGUGGUCAACCAGGUCAAUGCCGGGCACCUGUUUGUGCAGCAGCACACACACCCCACCUUCCAUGCACUGCGCAGCCUGGACCAGCAGAUGUACCUCUGCUACUCUCAACCUGGAAUCCCCACCUUGCCCACCCCUGUGGAAAUCACCGUUAUCUGUGCUGCCCCUGGUGCGGAUGGGGCCUGGUGGCGUGCCCAAGUGGUUGCCUCCUACGAGGAGACCAACGAGGUGGAGAUUCGAUAUGUGGACUACGGUGGAUACAAGAGGGUGAAAGUAGACGUGCUCCGGCAGAUCCGGUCUGACUUUGUGACCUUGCCAUUCCAAGGAGCAGAAGUCCUUCUGGAUAGUGUGAUGCCUCUGUCAGAUGAUGACCACUUUUCRCCUGAAGCAGAUGCAGCUAUGAGUGAGAUGACAGGAAACACAGCGCUUCUGGCACAGGUGACAAGUUACAGUCCAACUGGCCUUCCCCUGAUUCAGCUGUGGAGUGUGGUUGGAGAUGAAGUGGUGCUGAUAAACCGGUCACUGGUGGAGCGAGGCCUCGCGCAGUGGGUGGACAGCUACUACUCAAGCCUCUGACCCUGGCUCGCGGAGCCACCACUGGAGUCUUUUUUUGCACUGUUGAAAUUGGGCUUGGCACUGCAGGCAAAGAGUUCACAUCAGAAUAAUAAACGUCAUCCUCUCAGUCCUCUUUCUCCCCAUUCUGUAGGUCACAUGGAGAAGACGCUCCUCUCCAAGGAGAAAGGAUGAACAGCGGGUUCUUUUCAAAGCCAUUGGAUGGUGUUAACCUGAGCUGUUUAAAAAGAGAUAUUGAAGGGAAGCAGUCUCAACCAGGUUGUCCUGUUCCCCCUCCAUUCUGCUUCCUUCCCACCCUCUCYACCAAAACCCCACAGACUCUAGUGGGCUGGCCGCAGGACAUGMGUGGCUUGCCGCUAAGGGUUUCUUUUACUUCAAAGUUUUUCUUCAGGGAGCCAGCCAUGAACUGACUGACUGGUAUCAAUUUCCUGUAUGGCUCAACAUAAAUGAAUUUGGUGGUGUUUGAUCAGUUUUUAUACACUUCCUCUAGGUCUAUAGGAACCCAGACUUUUUUAAUGCAGAUGUAAAUAUGGAGCAAUUGUCACACCUCUGGCCCUUGUUAUUGGGAAGGGGAACUGUUAUCUUGCCAAGCCUUGUUGUAAUUUAUAACCAUUUUCUAUUUGUGCAAACUCUGUAAAUAAUGUUUAAAAAUGUAUUAUUUUGUACAAGAUACACUGGAGAACAAAGGGAACUCAAGGUUUUUCCACACACUUCACCUGUAAGUAGAAGUUAAUCCUGUAGAGGGCAGCUGCCAACAAUCCUGGCUCCUCUUCCAGGAGUUUCGGGGACUCCUGCAUAUUGGACAGGUGGCUGUAUGGGAUAGAUUGUCAUUUGGGGAUUUUUUGCUGUACACACUUGUUUAAAAAAAAAAAAAAA